UCACUCUUCUACACAGUCAAGUAUGUGUGGUCAACCAGAAUUCGCCUUCGUUCUGACUUUAGUCUUCCUCCUAAGUACGCCUGGAAAAUGUAUUGAGUUCACGAGUGUCUCAACUACCCAGCCUCCGGGUACCGAAAGUGAAAAAAUAGCAGAGCUCAAUUCCCGUUUGAGCACCUUGGAAACUCAAAUUCAGAAACUUCUCAACAACCUCAACCCAUCGUUGCCGAAAAACUGCAUCGACGUAAAAGAAAACGGAAACCAUGUGACUGGAACUUAUGUUAUUAGCCCGAAAUCCACCCCCUUUACGGUCCUCUGCGACAUGAACACGCGAAAUGGUGGAUGGGUGGUUUUCCUGAACAGGUUCGACGGUUCUCAAGACUUUUACCUGUACUGGGACAACUACAAAAAUGGGUUCGGGGACUUUGGCGGGGAGUUUUGGUUAGGGCUGGACCAUCUACAUGAAGUUACAGGUUCUGAGUAUAACGAGCUACUGGUCGAACUUACGGACUUCAACAACAAGACGGUCAACGCUCAUUACCACACGUUUCGGGUUGGAAACGAGGACGAAAGUUACAUUUUGAAGUUGUUGGAUGGGUUUACGGGUGACGCUAAAGAUUCGCUGUUUUACCAGAAAGGAAUGAAGUUUAGUACGAGAGAUAAAGAUAACGAUAAUUAUAGUGGAGCUUGUGCCACUGAGUAUACUGGAGCCUGGUGGUACAAUAGCUGCCUGUGGAGCAACUUGAAUGGUCAGUACUUGAGAGGGCAGGUGAAACCGGAAUUUAAUCACAAGGGGAUGAUAUGGUCGACGUUCCACGGGUCGAAUUACAGUUUAAGGAAAGCCAGAAUGAUGGUCAGACCCAGGAAAUAAGGUUUUUUCUCUUCUUUGUACUUGUUUUUAGUUAUUUUUUGUCUUGUCCUCUUGAGUAAUUCUCACUCAUUAUAAUAAAAGAUAUGCAAUCUUUA